CCACCAACAACAACAACCACCACCGCCGCCGGGCGGCGGCACACCAAUCACCACCACCGCCACCGCCCCGUCGUCGCCCCCGGCGGGAGUGCAGCUGAGCAGGUACGAGAACCAGAAGAGGAGGGACUGGAACACGUUCGGGCAGUACCUACGCAACCACCGCCCGCCGCUCUCCCUCCCCCGGUGCAGCGGCGCCCACGUGCUGGAGUUCCUCCGGUACCUGGACCAGUUCGGGAAGACCAAAGUCCACACCCCUAUCUGCCCCUUCUACGGCCACCCCACCCCGCCGGCGCCCUGCCCCUGCCCUCUCCGCCAGGCGUGGGGAUCCCUCGACGCCCUCAUCGGCCGCCUCCGCGCCGCCUUCGAGGAGAACGGCGGCAAGCCCGAGUCCAACCCCUUCGGUGCCCGCGCCGUCAGGCUCUACCUCAGGGAGGUCCGCGACCACCAGUCCAAGGCCAGAGGGGUCAGCUACGAGAAGAAGAAGCGCAAGCGCCCCCCCGCCCAACACCACCCGCAUUUGCCGCCGCAACUUCCGCCGCCGCCGCCGCAGCAGCACCACCACCACUGAAACGUUAUUCAUGUGAUGCAAACGUAUCCUUCUGCUCAUCAUCCACCUGGUGCAACUUAGUUCAGAAUGGUUUGUUACAUAUAUAUAUAUUACCACCGCUCGUAAUGUUGGUGAUAAUAAUCAAAAAAAUUGUACCUGUUUGA